UGAAGAAACCUUCUGAAUAUCUAAUUUUCUUCUCUCUGACUACCAUUUUGUUUGUAUCAAGGAAUUGGUGAUUGAAGGAGGGAGGAGACUAAGAGAAGAUGCCCAUGUGCUAAGGCGAUUUGAGAUUCGAAUAUGAGAACAGUGCCUAAACAGACGGUGAUGGCUAUAAAGUCUUACCAUAACCACGCUCAGUUGUUGGUUAAGAACUACUUAUUUGCAGAUCCCUUCAUUCCAUACAAUUCUAUCCUUGGUGGCGUUCUUGCUUGCAAAGUGGCCUAUGAUCUUACCCAGUUAAUCAGCAGUUUUUACAGCAAGACAUACCCUGGUCUUACUAAAAUUCAACGAGUAGAGUGGAACAAUCGUGGCAUCUCUACAGUUCAUGCUGUUUUUAUUUCUGCUUUGUCGUUGUACUUCGUGUUUGGAUCGAAUCUCUUUUCUGAUGAACUUGCUGGUCUUCUCGUCUUCCGAAGCUCACCACUUUCUACUUUUGGGUUAGGGGUUUCCGUUGGAUACUUCCUGUCAGAUCUUGGAAUGAUUUUGUGGCUGUAUCCCUCUUUAGGUGGUAUAGAAUAUGUUAUCCAUCACACGCUUUCCGGAACCGCAGUGGCGUAUUCAAUGUUUACCGGAGAAGCGCAGCUUUAUACAUACAUGGUUCUUAUAUCCGAGGUGACAACUCCUGAAAUUAACAUAAGAUGGUAUCUUGACACAGCUGGUAUGAAGAGGUCCACUGCAUAUCUCAUUAAUGGUGUUGUCAUCUUUUUGGCUUGGCUGAUUGCAAGAGUUGUGCUAUUUGGCUACAUGUUCUACCAUGUCUACUUGCAUUAUACACAGGUGAUCAAGAUGCAUGCUUUUGGCUAUAUGUUGGUUUUCGGGGUGCCAUCCGUGUUAGCCAUCAUGAACUUGAUGUGGUUCAGGAAGAUUAUUACAGGCAUGGUGAAGGUUUUAACAAAGAGGCGGUGAUGGAUAUCGGGAAUACAUGUCUAAUAUUUUCAGGUAUCUGAGAUUUGUACAUUUUUUCUACCACUGCUGCCAUAUGUAUAAAUCAUAGAGAAAGAGAAGGUC